AUGGCGGCGACGCACGUCUUCGUCAACGGCGUGCCCUUGGCCCGCGGCAAGUUCGACUUGUGGAUGGAGGGCGGCGGCCCGCAGCUCGUUGUGGACGUGACGCGGCCUCUGGAAUUGCCGCAACGAGUCGAGAAGAAGAAGACAACCAGGCCGCAGUCGGCACGACAACGACGGCCCCAGUCGGCGUUGGCACGGCCGCAGUCGGCGCGCAUCGGACGGCCGGCCACGGCGAAGCCGCCGCCGCCGCCUGAAAAAGUGUCUCAAAACGAGACCGCCGCCGCCAUCGAAAGGUUGCGGAAGCAGCUCGCGUCGAAGGAGAACAAGACCGUGGCGCGCCUGCGCAAGGCCCUGGCCCAGGAGAAGGAACUCUUGAAGCGAGAACGGAUGCUCGUGACGCGCGAAAGGGCGAGGGUCGCGCGGCUGGAGAAGAGUGCGGAAUUAGCGAAGCGCAUGUCGAAGAAGAAGGGUCCUACGAAGAAGGCUGCUGAAGAGGAGGAUCCCUACGCCGACGACUUCGUCGAGCCCCCGGUCAAGAAAGACGAUUCGUGGCGCGGGAAGCACGGCCGGAAGAAGACGGCGUUUCUGCGGGAGGCCAAGGGCGCCGUCACGCCGUCCAGUGGCGACGGCUUCGUGCUCUCGCCGGCCCGGCCGGCGUUCUCUCCAUCUCCAUCAGAGAAGACUCCCAAGUCCCCCGAGGAGCGCGCUUCGGCCCGCAAAAAAGCUGAGCAGGAGAACAAGCAGGAGCGCGAAUCCGCCAAGAAGCGCCGCGAAGCGGAGCUGGCCCUGCGCGCGAAGGAGCGCCAGGAAUUUGAAGAACGCCAGGCGGCCGCCGCCGAGGAGCGCGAGGCGGCCGAAUCGCACCACGCGGAGGAGGAGCGGAAAUUAAGGGAGAUCGCGGAGAAGGACCGCGUGGCUGCCGAGGAGCGGGAAGCUAGGGAGCGCCGCGAGGCGGAAAUCAAUGCAGAGAAGGAGGCCGAGCGUCAAGCGCGGAAGGAGGAAUUGAAGAGGGAGCUCGUCGAGCGCGAGGCGGCCGCGGCGGCGCGCGAGGCCGAGAAGGAGCGCGAGGCUGAAGAGUGGGCCGAGCAGUUAUGUGGUGCCGCGGUGCGGCUGCAGGCGGCCGAACGGGGUCGAAUUGCGAAAUUACGAGCGGCCGCAAUCGCCACGGCGAAGACGCAGGCCGCCCUGACGUCGGCCGCGACGCGCCUGCAAGCCGCCGAGCGCUCGAGAACGGCCAAGCUCAAGGCCGAGGCGGCGCGCGCGCGCCGGGCCGAGAUCGUCGCGCGGGCGGAGGCGGCCGCCGCGGCCGAGGCCGAGGCGGCUGCAUUAGCUGAAGCCGAACUACUCGCGACGGCGGCGACGCGCCUCGCCGCGGCGGAGCGGGGCCGCGGCGCGCGGAAGGAAGCCGAAGCCGCGAAGAGACAGCGCGCUGAAGCUCUCCAGCGCGCCGAGGCCGCGGCCCGGGCCCGGGCCGAGGCCCAGGCGCGGGCCGACGCCGAGGCCGCGGCACGAGCGGAGGCCGAGGCCCUGGCGCGGUCCGCGACGCGUUUACAAGCCGCGGAGCGCGGCCGCGUCGCCAAAAAACAAACGGCGGAGCGGCGCGAAGUUAUCACGAUGGAUCGGUCGGCGACGCGAUUGCAAGCCGCGGAGCGGUCCCGCGGCGCGAAGAAGCGCGCCGUCGCGGCGCGCGCCGCGCGGCUCGAGGAGACGAUGCGCGCCGAGGCCGCGGCCGAGGCGCUCCGACAAGAGGAGGCGGCGGCGCUCGACGGCGCCGCGGCGAAGCUCCAGGCCGCCGAGCGCGGCCGGACCGCAAAAAUUGAGAUGAAUAAGCGGCGCCGCGUCCGCGACGACGGCGCCGCGACGCGGUUGCAGGCGUCGUACCGCGGCCUCCAGGCGCGCCGGCGGCCGCCGCCGGCCGCGCCGCCGGUCGUCGAGGCCGUCGAUGAAAAUGAGGCGGCCGUGACGAUGCUCCAGGCGGCGGAGCGGCGGCGCACCGCGCGGCUCGAGCUGCGGCAGCGGCGGCAAGUGCGAGAUGAUAGUGCGGCCACGAUGCUCCAGGGCUCCGUGCGGAGACGCAACGCGAAGCAAGAGCUGUCCCAAAGACGGCAGGUGCGCGACGACGGCGCCGCGACAAUGCUGCAAGGCAGUGUACGGCGGCGCAACGCGCGGCAGGAGGUCCAACAAAGGCGACAGGUGCGGGACGACGGCAUGGCGACUUUGCUGCAGGGCGCCGAGCGACGUAGAAGGGCGAAGCUCGAGAUGAAUGAAAGGCGCCAGAAACGCGACGACGGCGCCGCGACGAUGCUCCAGGCUUCGGAAAGGCGACGGACCGCGCGCCUGGACAUGCAACGACGACGAAAAGAGCGGGAUGAGCAGGCCGUCACGCGGCUCCAAGCAGCUCUACGCGGCCGCACGGGCCGCGUCGAGGCCAAGAAGGUCAAAGACGCCCAGAAACCGAAGGAACAGCCGGCGCGGUGCGAGUGCCGCGCGAUCUCGAGCUUCACGGCCCAGAACGACAACGAGAUGUCUCUGAAUAAAAAUGAGCGCGUCUACUGCGACCGCAAGGACCUCGACGAUGCCGACGGCUGGCUGCUCGCGAAGAAGGUCGAUGGAACAAAAGACGGCUACGUGCCCUGCGGCUACCUCCAGAUCGUGGGCGAGGAGUCGGAAGACUACGGCACGGACUUCGGGGAUGAUAGUUAUCGGGACGACUUUUCUGCACAGAAGUCCGAGACCUACGGCGACGACUUCUCGAAGGACAAGUCGGCCGAGGACGAAACGUAUGGAGACGACUUCGUUGAUGAACCGAAGGAGGAGGAAUCUGAUGAAGCAUUGGCAGCGAGAGGUCUCAAAAGAUGUGUCGCGGUGCACGCGUUUAAUGCCGACGGCGAGACCGAGCUCAGUGUGACCAAGGGCGAGUCAAUACUAGUUCCCAUCGCCGAUUUAGCUGAGGGGGCCGACGGCUGGGUCUACGCGACGGCCGUCGAAGGCGGUCGAGAGGGCUACUUGCCGCACACGUACGUCCGGCCCGUCGGCGGGUCCUUGGCGUCCGUCGCCGAGGAGGACCCGUCCGAGAAUUAUGAUGAUGACUCGGUCGAGGCGGAGGAGGUAAGUGACUAGUACUUG